AGAAGCAAUAGAAAUCUAAAGUUAACUUCCAAAUAAAUUCUGAAAAUAGUGACUACUAUAAUUGUAUCUGAGCUUUACAUAUCAAGCAGAUUAAGUCAUACACACAAAUUGCAUCAAAUCAGUUAGCUAGGUAUCAUAAAGCUUCAAUCUAUCAAUGAUGCUUACCGGCGGUGAUGCUUUGCUGUACAAUCCCGCUCUGAAUACUAUGAAUUUCGAGGAUAUGGAAUUUGGGAACUAUCUGGACCCCCUUAGGUUUUUUGGAGGCGCAGACAUCUCACUUAGUCUAUUAGGUAACGAUGCCAGCUCAACAGAUAGUGGCUCAGACGAUGUUGCGAAUUCACCGGAUAUGACGGAUGCUUCUUGGCCCUUACCUGAUACACUAGGACAAGAUGUAGCUUCAUCAAUGGCGCAGUCCAUACCUACGGUCCCAGAUGGAAGCUUUGAUGUGGAACGUUCAAGCUUUUCGACCGAUAGGUCAAGCUUCGCGACCGACAGAUCAAGCUUUGCUAGUAUGUUCAAUAUGGAUCAGUCACAGGUGGACAACGCAAUGGCGAUGCAACUUCCCUCGCAAGCGCUUCUGGCAGCACAGAUGCACAUGCAAUUGCAGGCACAAGUACAGGCACAGGCCAAUUUACACGCGCAGCUUUUGGCGAGCCAACAGUCGCAGGCCCGACUACAAAGCCAAUCACAACACCCGCUCCAAAUCCCAGCGGUCAAGAGUGAACCUGUUGCGGAUGCUAGCGUAGCUCAGUCACCAAUUCUCAAUUCUUCUCCAGUUCCGGUGGCAGCUGCCAACAUGGGAAUCGACAAGCCUGUUGGUGUGCUUGCAUCGAAGAGUGCUAAUUCGAUGAACACAACGCCGCUGGUAUUAUCUGUUUCCAGCCCUAUUACGACUGAAUCCGAAUGCGUUGAUGCAGAAGAUGCUGCUCGGCGGCGACGUGCUCAUUUGGCGUCAGAGAAGAAGCGAAGGCACAAUCUCAAGGAUGCUUUUGACGAGCUCAAGCAGACUAUACCACAAUGUCGAAACUUCCCACAAAGUAAGAGUAGUAAAGAGAGUGUUCUGAGGAAAGCCGUAGAUUAUAUUAGUUACUUAGUGAGACAACGUGCACAGAUGACAGCCGAGAUUCAAGCGUUGCGAGCACAGGUUAAAGAUAUGGGUGGAGAACCUUCUGGGGUACCGACUGUGAAGCAAGAGGUGACGACAGAUUACUCCACCAGUUUUCCGCCUGGUACGAAGACCAUUAUACUUCUGGGCCUUCUGGACGCAUUUGUAGAGGAGUUCGACAAGGUUGUCUCAGUUUCGAGUACGGAAGAAUUGUCGACCACCAUCUUCAGUUUCUUCGAGACUUAUUGCCAACCAGCAGCAAUGCAGAAUGUCAUUAUAAGCUCCUUGAAGAGUGUGGCCGUUAAUUUCAAUCCAACGACAGACGGUGCUUCUUGUCGCAUCCGGAAAUGGAUGGAUUCCCUCAAUGGGUGUGAUGUGUCAGCUUUCGAUGAGAAUGUAUCGUCACGUUUAAGAUCCGUGCUCGCGUCGGUAUAUACACACUAUAGUUCCAAAAUACCACCAAUUCUUCUGGCCGCCUGAACCCAGGGAGAAAGAAAGUGCCACAAUAUUCAGUGUGGUAAGUAUCACUUUUAGAUUUUAAUCGCCAUCUCCUGCCGAUGAUACCGUGUUUCGGUGCGAGUUUUCCUGGUAAACCUGUGCCUGGCACUAUCUCAGACGCUUUUUAUACACCCAUGUGAGUGUGAUAUACUUAGCAGUCUGGUUGUCAGAGUUCUUCCCAUUAGACUCGAUUCACUCAAGGUCAACUACUCUAUACGACUAUACCUCUGGAUACACAAGAGUAUCCUAAGCUUUUACGAGUCUGUCGUGGGAACCGGCCGAGUUCUCCCCUAUUAGAGAGGGGGGAAUAUAAUUUCUGAGCCAAUGGAUUAAUGAGCAAGACCCCAGGGUGGAGGGCACGUAGUAUCAACGAUUAUCUGGUUGAUUUCGAAAAGGAAACAAUGAAUGACAAGUACUUGAUUUUAACUAGUAGCGAUUGUCGUAAAAAAUAAAUUGCACUAACUGUGGAACAUAAACUGCUGGUUUAAGGUUUUGUUUCGUUUCUAUUGGUGCUAUGUACUCGGAC